UAUGGAUAAACAAUUGUUUUUCAAAUCCGGCCUUAUCGGCCCAAAGGGCCAACGGCCCUUCAGGUUCUCGACUAUAGGGAGAGGCCCCGGGACUGUCAGACAAAAAAGGGAAAAAAAACUGACAGGUCUUUGAGAAUUAUUUAUUUAUUGGGUUGCAUGUUCGGUGAUUAUUCCGGGCCCGGCGCUUCCCCGGAAAAUAGGAAAGAAACUAGGAUAAGCAAAAGAACAAAGUGGAGAAAGCCACCACCAGAUAAUUGCUCACAGCUACCUUUUGCCCACUUUACCAAUCAAAGUGGUCCAUUUGCGCUUAGACCGUAUGAUGGGAGACUAUCACGUACGGUUUUGAAUCAGGGGCGUCAGAGGAAAUUCCACAUCUACUGUAACCGUUAUGAAUAUUUUUUCAAGUUGUCUAUGUUGCCAAGAAAUAGUUCCAAAACACGAGUAAGAAACCGGUGUAUUUUCACAAGGCGCCCUCGUUCCGUAUAUAAGUUAUUUCGCAUUUCUCGUAUAGUUUUUCGUAAAUAUUUUAUUUUAGGUGCUUUCUCCUUUGGAAUAUUAUUGUUUGGUUGUUCUAUGAUUUUUGGGUUUACUGGAGUUCUCUCUUCGCCCAACGGCUUUCCCUUUGGUUUCCCUACAUAAAAUUUUUUCUACCCAAAUCUUCAUCCGUCUGCCGUGCGAGCUGACACUGCUCUAACAACCG